CACGUGACCAUCUUGUGACCGAUGUGACAGUCUACACUACCCACUGUGUCUGUUCUACUGUCCUUGAAGCUAUCAGGUAUCUUUUUUCUUUUACGAGAAAAUCGCCACGCUUGAGUGAAGAUAACAACAGCCGGGUAGAAAUAACCUCAUACUGAAAACCUCGCAAAGAAUGUGAUCACGUGAGGAACACGAGUGUACUGCGCAUGUCACAACAACCAUAUAUAGUUGAGAUUUUGAAGGAAGAGACACAUACCAGAGAAAACGCCUGACUGAGUUUGUCUCCCUGACUGUGAUGUCCAGGUCUGGUGCUGAGCAGUUGACUACAGACAAGACGUUGACCAUUAUGAUGAUGACGAUGAGGUGAACUAAAAGGUGUCACGUGAUUAUAAAAACACUUGUUUUCCUCAUAAUCAAAGAGUUAGUCGGAGUUGCCGUCUAUCUCCACCACAGAACUAACGGUCAAGUUACGUGACGUACACUGGAGAAAGAGGGUAUCUACGAGAAGUGCUUACCAUCUUGCUCAUAAGGUGACAUGCAGGUGGUCAUUACAGGGCAGCGAGCACAAUGAGUGUCACUCACCUCGUGAGGCGGGCUGCGCGUCCGGUAGUCCUAGUUAUCUUCAUCCAAACCCUCCAUCUCUUGUCUAAGGCGCAGCAUUUAGAAGACAACAGUAUAACAUGUGACAUUCCUGCGGUGGAGCCAUUGGCUAAUACUUCUGUCACGUGUCACUUCCCUGUGAAUGUCAGUCACAGUCAAAGGAUCGUCGUCGUUUCUUUCUACGAAGGGAGGAUUAGCAGAGAAGAAAGCAACAUUUUGGACUGCUAUUGGCUGUGGGGAAAAAUGGAUUGUGACAUCUCGUCAGGACACACGUUUAAUAGAAUGAUAUCUAACGAACUCACACUGGAGAUCCCACGAGUUUCUACAAAAGACAUUGGACGAUACGCCUGCAAACUUUCCAACAUGAAUCCAAAAGAUAUUAAACCCUGUGAACUGAAGAUAAAGCUCGUGGGGAAGACGAUGUGUGACGUGCCCCCAGUCCCACUCAGCUCACGAGCAUCACUCACAUGCUACUUCCCUGAAGACCUCAGCAAGACCAGAGCGAACUUUAGAGUCCACCAUGGCGCCAACUGUAGUGAUCCAGCAUGUGCAGUUGUAACAUGCGAGUGGGGAGACAAUCUUGUCUGUAGCAUACUACGCGGCUACCACUUUGACCUAACUGUGACCAGUCACCUGACUGUAGGGAUCCCUACCGCCCAGGAGGAACAAGAAGGAUCCUACAGCUGUUACUUUACUAGUAGCACACCUGUCCUCUAUGAACCUUGCUCUCUUACUCUUGUCACAGUGACCUCCUCCUGUAGUAUUUCACGUGUGACGGAGACGGAACCUGCAUCACUGACAUGCACAUUUAAUGUUGAUGUUAAUGAGACGAGAAACAACUUCUCACUGGUCCGAUUUGGUGGUGGUGACAGUAAAGGUGUCGACAUUGUCACCUGCACCUGGCUAGAGGACCAGCUGAAGUGCACCACAGCCCCGGGGUACGAGGUCAACAACCUUGUCACAGAUCGCCUCGUCAUCAGAGUACCGCGAGCGUCACGUGACCACACCGGCACAUACGCUUGUCACGUGACAGACUCUAAAGCGAGUGGCUUUCAGCCCUGUGAAUUUAUCCUAAAACCAGUGACCUCCUUCUGUAACAUUUCAAGUAUCAAAGAGACGGAACCUGCAUCACUCACCUGCACAUUCAACGUUGAUGUCAAUGCCACAAAAAGCAACUUCUCACUGGUCCGCCUCGGUGGUGAUGAAAGUAAAGGUGUCGCCAUUGUCACCUGCACCUGGCUACAGGACCAGCUGAAGUGCACCACAGCCCCGGGGUACGAGGUCAACAACCUUGUCACAGAUCGCCUCGUCAUCAGAGUACCGCGAGCGUCACGUGACCACACCGGCACAUACGCUUGUCACGUGACAGGCUCUAGCAUGGACGGCUUUAAGUCCUGUGACUUUAUCCUGAUACCAGAUGUACCUGCCGUAGUUCUGACUGUAGCCAUCGCUGUACUCAUGUUCAUCCCUCUGUCGUUAGUCAUCAUCUUCCUGGUUUUUAAAUGUAAACAAAGGAAGGAAGUGGACCAAAAAGCGACAAAACAGGUCAGCUCUGAAGAAACGUCACUGAUAUCACCGGAAGAAAAGAAGUUGGAAAGCGAAGAAGAAUUUUGGGAGAAGUGGGUUGAGGCGGCAUUCCCUAAUCUGAACACUGACGUCUACAUCCUGCCUCCUGUAUACGUCAAAAUUCAGUCAUCUGGACAAGCAGAUGAGUCCAACCAGACGGCGACAACUGCAGUUGAGGACAGUGAUAUCCGACAUGAUGCAGCCAUGGAAAGAGUCCUUCUAUGUCUGGAGAGAAUGUGUAAAAGUAACAGAGAAGUGAUGGUUGGAGUGAGUCAGCUCCUGUUUGACGACUACCUGCGUGACUCUUGUGAUGAUGACGCGGCAGGGGAACUUCCCCGGCCAAACAGACACUACUUUGACCUGCGACAGAAAUGGAAAGAAAGAGACAUCGAUGUACUUCUUAUUCAUCGACAGUUCGGUCUUGUCAUCUGUAAAAUCUUCACUUUUGAUAACAGUGUAAAUCAACACAACACAUCGAGAGAGGAAAUGACAAAGGACUCUAUCACAGAGAUUAAAACCAAUCUUCAGAAGGCCAUCCACCAGCUGUACAUGGCGGGGUUCGAAGUGAAAGACCUUGUGUCUGGCAUUUCUGACCAUCUCCGGGUCAUUAAGACAAUUGUAUUCCCUAACUUGACGACUAAUCAGCUACACCAGGUUCUCCUAGGUGACUCUGACCUAAAGAGGGACCUGUCUGAGUGUCUAGAACCAAGGGACCCCUUAGACUUCCCUGGUCAGUGUCUGUGUCUGUGUCUGUGCCGUGACCAGUUGUCUGACCCCGAGACACCGCGUAACGUCAAUAGACACGUGAUGAAGGAACUCAGGGAAUGGUGGCAGCGACGUGUGGCUGAGGCUGGACCUGACCCUCACAUGACACGUGAGGUGUACAAGACACUGGUAGCAAGGUUCUGUGGUCCGGCGACAACAGUGAGUGUGCCAUGCACAUGUCCUCCACGUGUGAAUUGUGUAGCAACACGUGUCAUUAAUGUAAUAGCAUUGAGUUGA